UCUUUCUCCCCAGGCCGAAGCCUCGGGACGGCCCUGGAAGCCGACCAUGGCAGCCGUGACCAUGUCGGUGCCUGGGCGGAAGGCGCCCCCCAGGCCGGGCCCAGUGCCCGAGGCUGCCCAGCCUUUCCUGUUCACGCCCCGCGGGCCCAGCGCAGGUGGCGGGCCUGGCUCGGGCACCUCCCCGCAGGUGGAGUGGACUGCCCGGCGUCUCGUGUGGGUGCCUUCGGAGCUUCACGGGUUCGAAGCCGCGGCGCUGCGGGACGAAGGUGAGGAGGAGGCGGAGGUGGAGCUGGCGGAGAGCGGGAGGCGGCUGCGGCUGCCGCGGGACCAGAUUCAGCGCAUGAACCCGCCCAAGUUCAGCAAGGCCGAGGACAUGGCCGAGCUGACCUGCCUCAACGAGGCCUCGGUCCUGCACAACCUCCGGGAGCGGUACUACUCGGGCCUCAUCUACACAUACUCCGGCCUUUUCUGUGUGGUCAUCAACCCGUACAAGCAGCUUCCCAUCUACACAGAAGCCAUUGUGGAGAUGUACCGGGGCAAGAAGCGCCACGAGGUGCCGCCUCAUGUGUACGCAGUGACCGAGGGGGCCUAUCGGAGCAUGCUGCAGGAUCGUGAGGACCAGUCCAUUCUCUGCACUGGAGAGUCUGGAGCUGGGAAGACGGAAAACACCAAGAAGGUCAUCCAGUACCUCGCCCAUGUGGCAUCGUCGCCAAAGGGCAGGAAGGAGCCGGGUGUCCCCGCCUCCGUCAGCACCGUGUCUUAUGGUGAGCUGGAGCGGCAGCUGCUUCAGGCCAACCCCAUCCUAGAGGCCUUCGGCAACGCCAAGACGGUGAAGAAUGACAACUCCUCCCGAUUCGGCAAAUUCAUCCGCAUCAACUUCGACGUUGCCGGGUACAUCGUGGGCGCCAACAUUGAGACCUACCUGCUGGAGAAGUCGCGGGCCAUCCGCCAGGCCAAGGACGAGUGCAGCUUCCACAUCUUCUACCAGCUGCUGGGGGGCGCUGGAGAGCAACUCAAAGCUGACCUCCUCCUCGAACCCUGCUCCCAGUACCGGUUCCUGACCAACGGGCCAUCAUCCUCUCCUGGCCAGGAGCGGGAACUCUUCCAGGAGACGCUGGAGUCGCUGCGGGUCCUGGGAUUCACGCACGAGGAAAUCAUCUCCAUGCUGCGGAUGGUCUCGGCAGUUCUGCAGUUCGGCAACAUCGCCUUGAAGAGAGAGCGGAACACGGAUCAAGCCACCAUGCCUGACAACACAGCUGCACAGAAGCUCUGCCGCCUCUUGGGACUGGGGGUGACGGAUUUCUCCCGAGCCUUGCUCACGCCUCGCAUCAAAGUUGGCCGAGACUACGUGCAGAAAGCCCAGACGAAGGAACAGGCUGACUUCGCGCUGGAGGCCCUGGCCAAGGCCACCUAUGAGCGCCUCUUCCGCUGGCUGGUUCUGCGCCUCAACCGGGCCUUGGACCGCAGCCCCCGCCAAGGCGCCUCCUUCCUGGGCAUCCUGGACAUCGCGGGCUUUGAGAUCUUCCAGCUGAACUCCUUCGAGCAGCUCUGCAUCAACUACACCAACGAGAAGCUGCAGCAGCUCUUCAACCACACCAUGUUCGUGCUGGAGCAGGAGGAGUACCAGCGUGAGGGAAUCCCCUGGACCUUCCUCGACUUUGGCCUCGACCUGCAGCCCUGCAUCGACCUCAUCGAGCGGCCGGCCAACCCCCCUGGACUCCUGGCCCUGCUGGACGAGGAGUGCUGGUUCCCAAAGGCCACAGACAAGUCGUUUGUGGAGAAGGUAGCCCAGGAGCAGGGCGGCCACCCCAAGUUCCAGCGGCCGAGGCAACUGCGGGAUCAGGCCGACUUCAGUGUUCUGCACUAUGCGGGCAAGGUCGACUACAAGGCCAACGAGUGGCUGAUGAAAAACAUGGACCCUCUGAAUGACAAUGUCGCAGCCCUGCUUCACCAGAGCACAGACCGGCUGACGGCAGAGAUCUGGAAAGAUGUGGAGGGCAUCGUGGGGCUGGAACAGGUGAGCAGCCUGGGUGAUGGCCCACCAGGUGGCCGCCCCCGCCGGGGUAUGUUCCGAACAGUGGGACAGCUCUACAAGGAGUCCCUGAGCCGCCUCAUGGCCACACUCAGCAACACCAACCCCAGUUUUGUCCGCUGCAUUGUCCCCAACCACGAGAAGAGGGCUGGGAAGCUGGAGCCCCGGCUGGUGCUGGACCAGCUUCGCUGCAACGGCGUCCUGGAGGGCAUCCGCAUCUGUCGCCAGGGCUUCCCCAACCGCAUCCUCUUCCAGGAGUUCCGGCAGCGGUACGAGAUCCUGACGCCCAAUGCCAUCCCCAAGGGCUUCAUGGAUGGGAAGCAGGCCUGUGAAAAGAUGAUCCAGGCACUGGAACUGGACCCCAACCUCUACCGCGUAGGACAGAGCAAGAUCUUCUUCCGGGCCGGGGUCCUGGCCCAGCUGGAAGAGGAGCGAGACCUGAAGGUCACUGACAUCAUCGUCUCCUUCCAGGCAGCUGCCCGGGGAUACCUGGCUCGCAGGGCCUUCCAGAAGCGCCAGCAGCAGCAGAGUGCCCUGAGGGUGAUGCAGCGGAACUGCGCAGCCUACCUGAAGCUGAGACACUGGCAGUGGUGGCGGCUGUUUACCAAGGUGAAGCCACUGCUGCAGGUGACACGGCAGGAUGAGGUGCUGCAGGCACGGGCCCAGGAGCUGCAGAAAGUGCAGGAGCUGCAGCAGCAGAGCGCCCGCGAAGUUGGGGAGCUCCAGGGCCGAGUGGCACAGCUGGAAGAGGAGCGCGCCCGCCUGGCAGAGCAAUUGCGAGCAGAGGCAGAACUGUGUGCAGAGGCCGAGGAGACGCGGGGGAGGCUGGCAGCCCGCAAGCAGGAGCUGGAGCUGGUGGUGUCAGAGCUGGAGGCUCGCGUGGGCGAGGAGGAGGAGUGCAGUCGUCAGCUGCAAACGGAGAAGAGGAGGCUGCAGCAGCACAUACAGGAGCUAGAGGCCCACCUUGAGGCUGAGGAGGGGGCACGGCAGAAGCUGCAGCUGGAGAAGGUGACGACCGAGGCAAAAAUGAAGAAAUUUGAAGAGGACCUGCUGCUCCUGGAAGACCAGAACUCCAAGCUGAGCAAGGAGCGGAAGCUGCUAGAAGAUCGCCUGUCCGAGUUCUCAUCCCAGGCAGCUGAGGAGGAGGAGAAGGUCAAGAGCCUCAAUAAGCUACGGCUCAAAUAUGAGGCCACAAUUGCAGACAUGGAGGACCGCCUACGGAAGGAGGAGAAGGGUCGCCAGGAGCUGGAGAAGCUGAAGCGGAGGCUGGACGGGGAGAGCUCGGAGCUGCAGGAGCAGAUGGUGGAGCAGCAACAGCGGGCAGAGGAGCUGCGGGCCCAGCUGGGCCGCAAGGAGGAGGAGCUGCAGGCUGCCCUGGCCAGGGCAGAAGACGAGGGUGGGGCCCGGGCCCAGCUGCUGAAAUCCCUGCGGGAGGCUCAAGCAGCUCUGGCCGAGGCCCAGGAGGACCUGGAGACCGAGCGCGUGGCCAGGACCAAGGCGGAGAAGCAGCGCCGGGACCUGGGCGAGGAGCUAGAGGCACUGCGGAGCGAGCUGGAGGACACGCUGGACUCCACCAACGCACAGCAGGAGCUCCGGUCCAAGAGGGAACAGGAGGUGACGGAGCUGAAGAAGACUCUGGAGGAGGAGACUCGCAUCCAUGAGGCGGCAGUGCAGGAGCUGAGACAGCGCCACGGCCAGGCCCUGGGGGAGCUGGCGGAGCAGCUGGAGCAGGCCCGGAGGGGCAAAGGUGCGUGGGAGAAGACGCGGCUGGCCCUGGAGGCCGAGGUGUCUGAGCUGCGGGCGGAACUGAGCAGCCUGCAGACUGCACGUCAGGAGGGUGAGCAGCGGAGGCGCCGCCUGGAGUCACAGCUGCAGGAGGUGCAGGGCCGGGCUGGUGACGGGGAGAGGGCACGAGCGGAGGCUGCUGAGAAGCUACAGCGAGCCCAGGCUGAACUGGAGAAUGUGUCUGGGGCGCUGAACGAGGCUGAGUCCAAAGCCAUCCGUCUUAGCAAGGAGCUGAGCAGCACAGAAGCCCAGCUGCACGACACCCAGGAGCUCCUGCAGGAGGAGACCAGGGCAAAAUUGGCCUUGGGGUCCCGGGUGCGAGCCAUGGAGGCUGAGGCAGCCGGGCUACGUGAGCAGCUGGAAGAGGAGGCAGCCGCCAGGGAGCGGGCAGGCCGUGAACUGCAGAGCACCCAGGCCCAGCUCUCCGAGUGGCGGCGGCGCCAGGAGGAGGAGGCAGGGGCACUGGAGGCAGGGGAGGAGGCACGGCGCCGGGCAGCCCGUGAGGCUGAGGCCCUGACCCAGCGCCUGGCAGAAAAGACAGAGACCGUGGAUCGGCUGGAGCGGGGCCGCCGCCGGCUGCAGCAGGAGCUGGACGACGCCACCAUGGACCUGGAGCAGCAGCGGCAGCUUGUGAGCACCCUGGAGAAGAAGCAGCGCAAGUUCGACCAGCUUCUGGCAGAGGAGAAGGCAGCUGUACUUCGGGCAGUGGAGGAACGUGAGCGGGCCGAGGCAGAGGGCCGGGAGCGUGAGGCUCGGGCCCUGUCACUGACACGGGCACUGGAGGAGGAGCAGGAGGCACGUGAGGAGCUGGAGCGGCAGAACCGGGCCCUGCGGGCUGAGCUGGAGGCACUGCUGAGCAGCAAGGAUGACGUCGGCAAGAGCGUGCAUGAGCUGGAACGAGCCUGCCGGGUGGCAGAACAGGCAGCCAAUGAUCUGCGAGCACAGGUGACGGAACUGGAGGAUGAGCUGACGGCAGCCGAGGAUGCCAAGCUGCGUCUGGAGGUGACUGUGCAGGCUCUCAAGACUCAGCAUGAGCGUGACCUGCAGGGCCGUGAUGAGGCUGGUGAAGAGAGGCGGAGACAGCUGGCCAAGCAGCUGAGAGAUGCAGAGGUGGAGCGGGAUGAGGAGCGGAAACAGCGCACUCUGGCCGUGGCUGCCCGCAAGAAGCUGGAGGGGGAGCUGGAGGAGCUGAAGGCUCAAAUGGCCUCCGCCGGGCAGGGCAAGGAGGAGGCGGUGAAGCAGCUUCGCAAGAUGCAGGCCCAGAUGAAGGAGCUAUGGCGGGAGGUGGAGGAGACACGCAGCUCCCGGGAGGAGAUCUUCUCCCAGAAUCGGGAAAGUGAAAAGCGCCUCAAGGGCCUGGAGGCUGAGGUGCUACGUCUGCAGGAGGAACUGGCCGCCUCAGACCGUGCUCGGCGGCAGGCCCAGCAGGACCGGGAUGAGAUGGCAGAUGAGGUGGCCAAUGGCAACCUUAGCAAGGCAGCCAUUCUGGAGGAGAAGCGUCAGCUGGAGGGGCGCCUGGGGCAGUUGGAGGAAGAGCUGGAGGAGGAGCAGAGCAACUCGGAGCUGCUCAAUGACCGCUACCGCAAGCUGCUCCUGCAGGUAGAGUCACUGACCACAGAGCUGUCAGCUGAGCGCAGUUUCUCAGCCAAGGCAGAGAGCGGGCGGCAGCAGCUGGAACGGCAGAUCCAGGAGCUACGGGGACGCCUGGGUGAGGAGGAUGCUGGGGCCCGAGCCCGCCACAAGAUGACCAUUGCUGCCCUUGAGUCUAAGUUGGCCCAGGCUGAGGAGCAGCUAGAGCAAGAGACCAGAGAGCGCAUCCUCUCUGGAAAACUGGUGCGCAGAGCUGAGAAGCGGCUUAAAGAGGUGGUGCUCCAGGUGGAGGAGGAGCGAAGGGUGGCUGACCAGCUCCGGGACCAGCUGGAGAAGGGAAACCUUCGAGUAAAGCAGCUGAAACGGCAGCUGGAGGAGGCCGAGGAAGAGGCAUCCCGGGCUCAGGCCGGCCGCCGGAGGCUGCAGCGUGAGCUGGAGGAUGUCACAGAGUCGGCCGAGUCCAUGAACCGUGAAGUGACCACACUGAGGAACCGGCUUCGACGCGGCCCCCUCACCUUCACCACCCGUACGGUGCGGCAGGUCUUCCGACUAGAGGAGGGCGUGGCAUCCGACGAGGAGACAGAGGAAGCAGAGCCUGGGUCUGGGCCAUCCCCGGAGCCUGAGGGGUCCCCACCAGCCCACCCCCAGUGACCCUACCCUGUCCCCAGAUGCACUAACAGAUGGGGCCCAGCCCCCUUCCUCCCUGGACCCCACGGGCCCCUGUCCCAGGAACCCCGCCCUCUGACUUCCUGCCCUUUGGAAAUGGUGCCGCACUCUGACGUUUAUCAGACCCCACCUGGGUCCCCUGCCACCUCCCAUCAAAGGAUGACCCCUAAACACAGAGGAGCGCGGCAGGCAGGGAGGCAAGGACUGGAGCUACCUUGCUUGGGGGGAGACUGGGUGCAGUUGGCCAGCUGUGUUCCCGUCAGCUCCCUGUCCUCCUUUCUUCCCUCGUUAUUGAUCUGUAGAUAUUAGGAAGGGGGUAACACAGCUCCUCCACCGUCCUCAGCCAGUACAGCCCAUUCCCUCUGCUGCUUUCUCUCUCUCUCUCUCCCUCCCUCCCCUCUCGCCGUCUUUCUUGGCUUCUCUGAGGGUCUCUCUGUGCAUCUUUUUAGGAGUCCCGCUCCCACUCUGUCUCUGCAUAGCCACUCUCCUUCCUCCAUUUCUGCGUCUGAACUCCUGAGUGGCCGAAACCCCAGGCCUCCACCAGCCUUGAACCCUUGCAAAGGGGCAGGACAAGGGGACUUCUCUCACUCCUGCUGCUGCCCAUGCUCCGCCCUCCCUUCUGGUUGCUCUGAGGGUUUGGAGCCUCCCUCUGGGACUGAAGGAGUGUCCGUUAUCCUCCCAGCCUCCAGGCUCUGGCAGAAAUAAACUCCAACCCAACUGGA